AUGUCUUCCCCUCGCGAACAACUUUUACAAACUUUAGCAGAAGCAGCUUCACAACAACCGGAGCGAAUAAAAGUUGCUGAGGCACAGCUUAAACAAUGGGAGGUGGCUCCAGAAUUUUACUCUACAUUACUGGAUAUUAUCAAUGACAAAACUAUUGAUGUGAAUGUCCGAUUCUUUGGAGUUAUAUUUUUCAAAAAUGGUAUAGAUAAAUACUGGCGUAAAACUGCAAAAAAUGCUAUCAACCCCGAAGAAAAAGCAAAGAUUAGAAAUCAACUUUUGUCUUUUAUGGACGAAAGUCAUAAUCAACUUGCGACUCAAAGUGCAGUUCUAGUCUCCAAAGUUGCUCGCUAUGAUUUUCCUAACGAUUGGCCAAACCUUCUUCAAAAUUUGCUAUCUAUUAUUCAUUCAACGAUAAUUGUAAAUGCUGAUCCUCGUUCAAUUUUAAUACAAAAGAGGGCAAUAUUAACAUUACAUUUAGUAGUGAAGGCAUUAUGUUCAAAAACAUUUGGGCCAGAUCGGAAAGUUUUUGAACAGGUCGCGCCAGAAUUACUUCGUAAUGUUGCUAGUAUUUAUGUAGAGCAUACCAAUCGGUUCUUCAAUAUGAUUUCAACUUCUAAUGAUAUUGGAAAUGCAAUGGACUUAGAGACAUCAUUAAUUGCAUUGAAAUCUAUUAGACGCUUAAUUGUUCACGGUUUUCAAGAUAUUAGCAGAGUUGAUGAGACUAAGGCAUUCUUUGUUUUAGCUUUUGAUCAUUUACAAAAGUUUUAUACUUUAAGGAAUUCGUUUCAGGAUACAUCAUCCCCAAUUUUUAAACUUUUAGAUUCCAAAGUUAAUUUAAUUGGGAAAUUUUACGUCGAAUUACAAAGAUUGCGUCCCGUUUCUUUUAUAAUGACUCCAGGAUCUAGAGAUGUAAUUAAGUAUUAUUGGCAAUUGCUUGUUAUACAUAGUAAAUCGUACGAAACAGAAAUGGAAACUCAACCAUAUGGCACAGAAAAGAUUUUGAUUCAAUCCUUAUUACUAUUGAAAGGCAUCAUAAGAAAGUCUGGUUAUAAUCAAGAUAUCAAAGAGAGUAAGGAACGUCUUUCUGAGGCAUUUAAGAUUUUAGAGGAACAAAUACUGACGCCGAGCUUUGUCGAAACAUUGGCCGAAUUAUUAAUUUCAAGCUAUCUAAUUUUGAGGAAGGAAGAUUUGAUAAUGUGGGAAGAAGAUCCAGAAGGGUGGAUUAAUUUUGAUGAGACAGAUCACUGGGAAUAUCAUAUAAGACCUUGUGCUGAAAAGGUUUUUACAGAUUUAAUCACACAAUAUCGUGAUCCUUUAUCAUCAAAAAUGUUGGAAUUACUCGGAAAUGCCGCAUUGUCUCAAUCAAACAAUCUAUUUGUUAAAGAUGCUAUUUAUUGUGCAGUGGGAUUAGGUUCGCACGAAUUAUAUGACGUGCUUGAUUUCGAUUCUUGGCUUGUUAAUAAUUUAUUGAUUGAAGCAGCGAAUAACGAUCCUAGUUUCAAAAUAAUUCGUCGUCGCAUUGCAUGGGUGAUUGGAAGAUGGGUAUGUGUUAAAUUAUCAAAAGAAAAUCGACCCAGAGUUUACGAUGUUAUGUCAUAUUUCAUAAACCCGGAAGAGGAUUUGGUCGUUAGAAUGACUGCUGCAAUCAAUUUGAGGAACGAAUGGGAUUUUGAUUCGGACGGAUUUGUACUAUAUCUUGACCGUGCAAUCACUUUAUUGACGCGUUUAAUUGGAGAGGUGAAACAAUUUGAAAGUCGCAUGAAGAUUUUGAAUUGUUUAUCUCUUAUAGUAGAGAGAAUGGAUUCACUGAUUGCACCCUUCUCUGAGAAGAUUACAAACUUAUUGCCAACGUUAUGGCAAGUAGCUCAAAGUGAAUAUUUAUUCAAACCAGCUAUCCUAGUGAUAUUGACCAAACUUGUGCAGGCCUUGUGGGAACAGUCUAUAAGUCUUCAUGAAUUUAUAAUACCAAUAAUUCAAUACAGCGUUAGUACCAACACUGAAGAACACGUAUAUCUUUUAGAAGACGGUUUGGACCUUUGGUUGGCAAUUCUUGAAAAUACCGUUGAAUGUACACCAUCACUAUUUAACCUAGUCCCCAUGGCUAUUGGAUUGUUGGAAUUUGGAUCUGAUACACUUAAAAAAGUUCUUAGAAUUAUUGAAAGUUACAUUCUUUUGGUACCUGAAAUGAUUGUACAGUCAUAUGCAAUUCCUAUUAUGAGCGCAUUUACUCAAUUAUUGGGAGAUUUAAAACCCGAAGCAUGUCGUGCUAUCAUUCAUGUUAUUGAUAUUACUUUGCAAGCUUGUCCUUUUGAGUUAUUAAAAGAAUCAAUUAUUAACACGGGACUUCUUGUAAAACUGCUUAAUACCAUACUUUCGGUCAACGAGGAAAAUCCUUACGUCCUUGUAGGUUAUGUCUCAAUAUUAGCUAGGAUUAUCAUUAAUGAUCUAGUAUUUUUUUUACAUUUCAUCACAAUUGCCAGUCAACAAUACAAUAUUCAACAACAAAAUUUAUUAGAGAAAGUCUUGGAAACAUGGUUAGAUAAGUUUGAUAAUAUUGGACAUCCUAAACAACGAAAAUUGAGUGCGAUGGCUUUCGCAACAUUGAUUGCUACAACAAAUCCGACUAUUCUAAGUUUAUUAGCUCAAUUUAUUGGGGUUUGGUGUGAUGUGUUGAGUGAAGUUAGAGAAUCCGGCGGUGGAGAUGCAUUAGUUUAUUGGCAAGAAGAAUACGUAGGGAAGAAUGAAAUUGAUGAUAGCGAUGCAUCACCUGAAACUAAGCGCAAACGAGUUCUGUUACAACGGGACCCUAUUCAUACUACCAACCUAAUUCAAUUCAUUAAUUUAAAGAUUGGUGAAUGUGAAGCACUUAAUGGAGGAUCUGAAAUGUUUAGACAAAAUUAUUUAAGUCGAGUUGAUAAUACUUUAUUAGAUCAAUUAAAAGCAUUAAUGAAUAUUUAA